AUGUCUAGGACGCAUCUUUCAGUACUCGAGUCAAGCGCGUCCCGCUUUGCCAACCGACCGGCCUUCAAGAUCCCCCGCGUCGAUUCGUCCACGCAGGAGGUCGUCGAAUGGACAUCGAUAACCUACUCGCAGUUCCUGCACGAUGUCGAGCACUUCGCGAAGUACUGGAGUCGGACAUUACAUCGGGAUGGCAUUCCCCAGCGAUCUAUCAUCGGCAUGUGGAUCGGCGGGUUCACGUACACCGACGCGCUACACAUCUACGGGAUGUGCCGCGCAGGAUACAUCCCUCAGCUCUUCAGCUUGCGCCUGCCCAACCCGGACGUCGUCUUCGAGCUGCUCGGCCGAUCAGGUGCCCGGGCGCUGGUCUACGACGCGUCCUUCGCCCAUAGUGUCCACGACGCGCCCGUCCCAACUCAUCUCGCAGUUGAUGCGAGCGGAGAGGACCUGGCGGGACUAGCGCUCCCAACCCAGCUCCGAGUGAUGGCUGAUGAUGUCGCUUUUUACUACCACACGAGCGGAUCGACGUCCGGUAGACCAAAGCUCGUUCCUUACGACUAUCGCUGGCUAGAGUCCGCUGUCCACAAGUCGGAGCAGGUUUCCCGCCCGCGUGAUCCUGCCAGGCAGGACGUUAGCGUCUGGAUGGGAAGCAUGUGCCAUGUUGGCCAGUCCUUUAUGCUUAUCGGCAGUCUCCAGCACGGGUCGUGUACUAUCCAGCCGACGGCUAUUGCGUUCUCUUCCGAUGAGCUCGUAGACAUGAUCUCGCGUUGCGGCUUGAAUCGCCUCAAUCAAUUCGCGGGCUUCCUCGUCGCCCAUCUCCGUCACGCGCAGGCCGACCCAAAGUUCCACUCCAUCCUCCAAGGCCUCGAAGAGAUCCUCUACUCCGGCAUGCCCCUUCCGCAAGCUGACGAGCGAUGGGCCUUGCAAAAUGGCAUCCCUCUUAUCAACCUCCUUGGUAGCACGGAAUGCGGCGCUAUGAUGCGCGGCGCGGAUGGCAUCCUCAAGCCCUUACAUGGCACGCGCUAUGAGUUCGUGCCCAUUGAGGGCGGAGCGGACACCGGAUACGAGUCGUCCGCGCGCCUGUUGGAAAUGAUCAUCCGCGGAGACUCGCCAGAUUGCCCUAAGGGGCGCCGGGCGGCGGAUGGGCACUUCCACACCGGCGAUCUCUUCUUGGAAGUCAUCCCGGGAGGCUACGUCUACCGCGGUCGCGACGAUGACUGGAUCAAGUCGCAGACGAGCUUGCGAUGUGACACUCGCGCAAUCGAGGAUAACGCGCGCCAGACCUGCGGGCAUCUCAUCGCUGAGUGCAUCGUCGUCGGCUCUGGUCGCCCAUCGCCCGCCAUGUUCAUCGAGCCCGUCGACUCGAGCAUGAAUGCGGACAAGAUCAAGCGCGAGGUCAUUCGCAAGACGCGCGCGUUCCACUCGCGCCGCUACCUCCACGAACGCAUCACCUCGACGAAGAUGAUCAUCGUCGUACCUCGCGGGACCCUGCCGCGCACAGCAACGAAGGGCAACGUGCGCCGCGCUGCCGUCGAGGAGACGUACAGCUCGCUCCUCGACGAGAUCUACGCAUGA